AUCAGCUGUUGUUUGGUAUUUUGCAUGUGAACAUCCAAAUUUGUUAAAUCUUUGCGAAAGGGGUACUAAUCAAAUUCGGGGGCUGAAGUGAGGAAAAGAACAAACAAAAUACGAAAAAAAAACAAUCAAGACAAACCAUCCAAACAAGUCGGAAUGAAUUUGUAAACAAAAAUAACAAUGAAUACGUUGCGUAACAUCUUCAGUUCUCGAACACUUAACUACCUCCGGCAAAAUGGACAAAAUGCCCUUAUUAACAUCACACAACCAGUUGAAAAUGCAGCUACUCCUAAUCUCCAACAAGCUGAUGCUGAUGUAACGAAAAAUGAACAAAGAAGGCCAAAAGAACCUCUGCUCAUACCAAAAACAAUUUUGGAUGCUACAGUGUUUACAGGAAAAAAACUUACCUCAACCACUUCUGGAUCCAUAUCACCAACAACCUUGAAAAACUACCGUCGGAUGAUACGCAAAGUCGAUAUAGUGUACCGUUGUAAACUGUGCAAUACUCGCAAUACAAAGCAAGUCUCCGAACAGGCAUAUACUAGUGGCGUUGUCAUCCUUCAAUGCGACGGAUGCUCUGUGAACCAUUUAAUUAUUGACAACGUUGGAAUGUUUGCCAAUACAAAAGGAAAAUCUUUUGAAGAAGUUCUUGCGGAGAACAGCAGCUGUGUUAAAAUCAUAAAAGUUAAUGAAAAUGGCGACUUAAUUUAGCAUCUGCAUACAUUUGUAUAUACGGCUAAUUUAGCCGUGAUUUGUAUAUUGAUUUUAUUCAGUUUUGGGUUAUUGGUGUUUGUGUCGAUAUUUUUGAAAAGGAAAAUGGCCAGUUUUUUUUUUUUUGUUUUAAAUCCGAUUUGUAUGAUCGAUUAGUCAUUAUCUGGUUGUUUGGGAGAAGUUUUAAAUUCAAAAUAUAUUACCGUUUGUACAAUUUUUACUUUUAUUUGGUCAAAAAUAAACAACUCUUAUCAGCAAACAAAAAACAAAUUUGAUUGGUGAAUCCUUCAGUUAGGUAGCCGCCAACACUCGUGCUUGUGGAACACAUUUAUUCAAUCAAAUUUGUUUUGAAUGCGUAAGGGGCAUGACAAACAAAUUUGCUUAUCAAAAUUAUUUUGCUUCUGUGAUUAGAAACAGACGACUGAAUAUAUAUACCUACAUAUGUAUGUACAUUGUACAUACUAUGUGAAAGGUUUCAUUAAUGUGAUGUCGAAAAUAUUGCCUCAAUAAAGAUACGAUAAGUUGAAUACGACCAUGUUAAA